AUGUCCUCGUCGCGGCAAAGACGCCCUGACCCAAGCUCUAUUGUCGACCGCGCUAGGUCUAACGGCUACCAAAGCAGAAGGCACGAGGAGAACGACAGGCAGAGAGGCCUCCGGAAAUUCGAUGACAAGACACUGAAGACGCAGGACAGAGUAUUGCAUAUCUACACCACUGACCACCGGGGCAGUUUUGACGACUUCGAAUUGCAGGCCCUUCGCCCAGGCGCUCCAGUUCCAGAGAUUCACUCACUAAAGGACUUCUGGAGGUUUUACAAAGACCAAGCUCGUGGUCGGCUAAGUUCGCGGCCGACAGUGAGGACUCUUCGCUCCUGCGCGAAAUCCUUCAAAGCCGGAUUCCUGCGGCGGACUGGGAACACACUGAGCGAGGCGGACACAGCAGAGAUUAACUCGUGGAUGCUUAACGUGCUAUCUCAGGAGGAGCAUAGUGGCGUUCGGGACCUAGAGAUGCCGAAGUACAACUAUCAACACGAAGAUCUCGAUCGAAACAUCUCAACCUUAUGGACGUCCGCCGAACUCGGUUAUAUUCAUGAACGCAAUCGUCUCCAAUCUGAUAUUCACAUAUUCACAUCACAGGAUAUACGCCUCGUUCUAAAAAGGACCGAAGGCAAGCCUCACUUUCUGUACAGGCUCGAUCAACGUCAUGUGAAGAACAAUAAGGAUCCGACGAACAAGAAGUACGUCAUCACUGGACUGGUAUCAGGCCAAUGCUAA